UAGGAGGGGCCUGAAAACACUAUUCUCUCGCUCAGUAUACGCACUUGUCAACUUUUCCCUUGCGCGUGCAUUCAAAGGCUGCAUUUUAUCUUGUUAAGUUGCGUUUUCACAACGCACGGUAUGCGGACCCGUGCAUCAAGUGUUACGUGAUUUUUUUUUUUUAGUGAUCAAAAUUCAAUGAUAUGGCCCAAAAAAGAAACCAAGAAGACUUGUAUACGAAAAAUACGCCGAAAUUAACUACUCAAAGAAAUGAAAACUGGCAAAUGCCUGAGAUGGUAGGCUUCUACAACGAGACCUCCAUUUCCGUACCUGCAAUCCAGCCUAAGGUGGAGGAGGUCCCAUUGGUCAAAAAAGUAGUAUGCAGCCCUGAUCUUCCAAUUACCGCUACUCAAGCAUCUGCUAAACCAAGCGAGCAGAACGUGUGUAUGAUUUGCCAAAAAAUGUUCCCUACUAAGUCAGCCCUUCAGACUCAUCAAAGAACUCACGGUGUCAAAGUUACGGAGGAUCAAUAUCGUUGCAAUAUUUGCUCCAAGACCUUCGCAGUACCUGCAAGACUGACUAGACAUUAUCGUACCCAUACUGGUGAGAAACCAUUCAGGUGCGAAUUCUGCAACAAGAGCUUCAGUGUCAAAGAAAACCUGAGCGUCCACAGGAGGAUCCAUACCAAAGAGCGACCCUAUAAGUGCGAAGUGUGCUCUCGCGCUUUCGAGCAUUCGGGAAAACUACACAGGCAUAUGAGGAUCCACACUGGAGAACGACCACACAAGUGUACCGUCUGUUCAAAAACUUUCAUUCAGUCUGGACAACUUGUUAUCCACAUGCGAACCCAUACAGGUGAAAAGCCAUACGUUUGUCAAGUGUGCCAGAAAGGAUUCACUUGUAGCAAACAACUGAAGGUUCACUCCAGGACGCACACAGGCGAGAAACCUUACUCCUGCGAAAUUUGCGGAAAAUCAUUCGGCUAUAACCACGUUCUAAAGUUACAUCAAGUGGCCCACUAUGGUGAAAAGGUGUACAAAUGCACAAUCUGUAACGACACCUUCAAUUCUAAAAAAUCGAUGGAGGCUCACAUCAAGAGUCAUUCGGAAAGUGCACCUACACCUCCCACAUCCAUCAACUCCAACGAGUCUAGUUGUUCCAGCGUGGAGAAAGACACUAGGGAAAUUCCAAUUGCAAGUCCACUCCCGAAACAGGAAAUACCAAUCAACUACGAUUCGAAUAUAAAGUACUACUUCUACGCCAGAGAUAGGAGCUACAUUUCGCAAGAUUACGGCGUCCCUUCGUCAGCAGGAGUGGAGCUUUUGGCAGCUGCAGCGUCAGUCACAGAGCAGGAAGAUAGGUACAGCAAUUCGGACGUUUUCGAUAUUAUCAAGAGCCCUCAAGAUGUGAUAGCGGUUCUGAGACAUCCAGCCUAUCUUACUGCUUCUCCAACCGUCUCAUACACCCCUAUCAACGCAGGAGACGAUAUCAGAAGACGUGUGGAAGCGGCUUUAGCAGUUGACGAGAUCCACUCCGAAGAGGAUCCGAUCUUAACCCCGCCUAGUUCCAAUCCUGUUUCUCCUGCACCUUCCGUUUCACCAGAUCCAGAGCUGAGUUUGCCGCCUAGAAAGAGAUCUAAAAUGAUUCUGAAAUCUAUGGAAUCGUCUAAAGACUUGUCACCUGUCAGAUAUAGCUCGGUGAUCCAUUAUGCACGUGCUUCGUAAUAUGAAUGAAUGUAUGUUUGUAUUGGCGUCCGUAUGUUGUAAUCACAGGGUGUCCGUAUACUGGGUGAAAAUCGCUUUCAGCAUCGUUCUAGCAUUGUAUCUAGAUUUCUUGGAGGAUUGUUACAUGGGCGUAGACAGUAGAGUGGAUGAAAGAGGUACUGUCUCUGAAUAUGCCUUCUUGAAGAAAGACUGACUAUGCUCAUGAACUUGCAGACUGAUCAUUAUAUCUUAUGUUAUGGUAAAAUAUCUUUAAUUUAGUAGUUACAGAUUUAAUCAUCUAUGAAAUAAUAUGACUAGUUGAAAUUAUGAUGAUACAUUUUCCCAAAUUGAAUGGAGACAUCAUCUCUUUAUAUUUGAAUCAGUUUCAGAUCAAUUUACAUCAGAAUUGAAAUAUAUUUAAAAAUUAUUCCGAGAGAUUCCAGUGUCAUUCAAAAAUUACGUUUAUUACAAGAGAAUUACGUCAUAGCUAAUGUUGUCCAAUCACCAGAAGAAAACUAUGAAGUGUUAUCUUCAGGAUGAUCAACACAUUUCGAAAAAUCAUUUAGAGAUGUCUCUCUUCCAAUUUUAUCUUCUUCCUACUACGACUUUCAGUGAAAAUAGAAAAUAUCGGAUGUUCAAAAAAAAAAAACGAGCUCGAAGUAGGACUUCCUAACCAAUGGCGUAGCUUACAUAAUAGAUACGUUGAAACUCAAACUAAAAUUUUCCUUCCUUUAUUGUGGAUCAGACCUAUGGUUAGAGCGAAGAUGCAUGCGUUAGGAAUUCCAUAGCCUACCUCGCGAACUCGUUUUUUUCCUGAAUACCAGUAUAUUAUUCAUUUUAUAAGUGCAAUAGAUUGGGGAAUAAUUUCAACUAGUAGAUAUUAACCUAUAGUUAUUUCGCACAGUAUGGAUCUCACCUCGUCUACGUGUUGUCCUAUUGUAUAUCUUUCCUUAGGAAAACCUUUUUCAAACCCCCCAUCUCAGGAAUUUAAUCAGUUGACGUUUGAAGAAUGUUUUUUAUGUAAAGAUAUUAUUAGUUUUUGAAAUUCCGAUUCAUCACAAUGACUAGAACAGUGCCAAAAUCUGAAUUUUUGCUCUCGUGCUGUAUUUAUUUUGUUAUCGAGUAUUCUCUGGGUAGUGUGUGGAAUAAUUGUUUUUGUUUCUGUGAUAAGACUGUCGAACAACGUUUUACCUCAAAACAGUGCCUGGGGCAUAGCCCUCGCAAUAUAUUUCGUUGUGAAGCUGAACUGAAAUUUAGUCAGUUUUGAGUAAUCAUUGUUAAUAGUUAGUAAAUGGUGCUGAGAAAAAGGUUAUCUGUAUAUUGACAAUAUAAACAUAUUUAUUCGUCAUCGCAGUGAUUUGGGUUGUAUGGAACAAGUUUGUCAUUACCCUGAUUUCUUGCAAUGAGGUUACAAUUAUGUCGAUGCUUCCUCUAAAUUUUAUUUCGAAAAACUUUUGUACAAAAACGGCUUCGAAGUUUGAACUUGCAUAACUGCAAAGCUAUUAAUUGUAUCCUCAUUCAUAUUCCUUCAGCAGAAUCUUAGAAUCCUAUCAAAUUCCAAGGAGUAUCUAUUGCUCUAGGAAAUGAUCCAUCAGAAGAAUAUGAGAAGCAACGAAGUUUUCAAGUAAUGACACUAUGUAUAAUCAUCUCUCGCUUCAUUAUUAGAUCAUACUAUCAUCAGCACCUUGUGUUAAUGUUUAUCCCAUUAUAGGAUCUACUCAUUCAUUGUUUCUAGAUUAAUCAUUUGGAGAAUUAAAUUGAUGAAUAUUUUAUAACUGUAAAUGUUCUUAUUAUUUACGAUUCAAUAGGUAAAUUGUAAAGUUUUUAUAAUAUUGUGACACACUCGUAUAGUGUACUUCGAUUCUGAUAUAUCUUUUCAUUGUAGUCUGAGCGAGAUCUUAUAUAAGAUCUCGCCCUUGAAUGCGAUAAAUGGAAAGACUAUUAUUGUGAAAUCCAAUAUUGUGAAGCAGAAUGUGUAAGUCGAAAAAUAUAUUGGAAAUGAAAUAGA